UACUAGUUAUGCUGAUAGUACUAAAGAUACUGAUAAUACUACUAGUACUGAUUGUGCUAGUUAUACUGACUGUACUGGUUGUACUGAUGGUGCUAAUGAUACUAAUGGUACUGAUAAUGCUAUUA